AUGAGCACCAAGAACUUCAUUUCCAGAAGAAGAACAUUCAAACGCUGGGAUAAUGAUAAUGGUGAUAAGCCAUCAUCCAUCCAGAUUCUCAUUAAUUGGCUUACUGAUGUAAGCAACUACUCUCGCUGGAAAGGUGGUGAUUCUAGUGGGAAAACAAAAGAGGUUCUUUGCUCGGAAAUCAGAGAAAUCAUGGUCGAGAAUGAUAUUACCAACUGGAGUAAUGGUGAUAUUUGCAGCAAGAUUCAGUACUUGCAUGAUAAGUUUAAGGAUGUCACCGACUUUCUAAAUGGAACUGGGCAAGGCAUUCUGAAUGAUAUUAAUGAGAGUUGCAAAACUCCAGAGGAAGCUGCAAAGACACUUGAAGAGAAAGUAAAGCAAAAAUGCACUUACUACUAUGACCUUAAGUGUGUAAUGCUUCACAGACCAUCAGUUAACCCACCAUUUCCAAUGACAAGUGGUGACCCAAUUGAUGUCUCUGGGGUGUACAAAGAGGCUCGUAGUCAUGAAGAAGUUGAAGCUGAAGAUAAAGUAGAAUUUGACGCAGAAGUUCAAGAUGAUAAACAAUUGGACAAAACACUUCCAGUUUAUCAUCUGUCUGCCACGUCUUCCGGUUCCCAAAAACCUUCCAAGUGGGCCAGACAAACGAUUGAUGCAAGCAUCUCAGAGAUUGUAGAAGAGUCUGUCAAGCUGAAUCAUAUUCACGUCGAGCUGAUACAGAAGAAGUUUGAAUCUGAAGCCAAAGUUAAUGAAAGACAGCUUCGCCACCAGGAGAUUGCGCAUGAAGACAGAAUGAUAAUGGAGAAGAGGCGGCUGAACAUUGAAGCAAAGCGGGUAGAGAAUGAAGCAAAGCAGGUAGAGAAUGAAGCAAAGCAGUUAAAGAAUGAUUGUAUUCAAAGCAAGCUUCAAUACAUUGCUAAGUUGGAGAGUUUAGGACUUUUCAAAGAGUAUAUAUUGAAAAAGUUGGAUAUAAAACUUUAA